CUACUAGGAGGAAAAUUAACUCUGUCCUACCUGAAACCAGGACAAUGCCUCAUUUUGUAAAUAGCUGUUUGAGAAAGAGGUGACUCGAUCAGAUGAAACUGCAGGAGGGAAAGAGAUCAGAAGUCUCUGUCCACAGAACAGUAGGGUGAGAAGAAAUGCAGCAGCAGUCUUCCCAGACAGCAUGGACUGUUGGAGAAGAGAAACAAAUAAAUUCUGAAUGCUCGUGGUGAGCAGCAUGAAGUAUAUUUCUCUUGCUGUCUGUAUGAAGUAGCAGUUGUAAAUUCCAGCAACAAAUAUUCAGACUGCAGAGUAGGCAAAAAAAAAAUCUAACUGUAAGUACCAUGAAUUCUGGCAUGGAUUGCCCAGGGAAGCUGAUGCAUCUCCAGCACUGCACAUUUGUAGGUUUGACACAAUGUUAGGAGUGGCAUCAGGAUGAGGAUGAGUUAGACAAUUUGAUUCAUUCUUUUUGAUGAUUCUAUGGUAAGGUUCAAGGCCAUAGAAAAUCAUGAUGUAGUGAAAACACACCAGUAUCAGUAAUCAAGCUCAUACCUCUAGAUUGGAGUAUGGUAUGGUAUAUGCAUGUGUGUAGCUGUUCUUCACUUCAGAUGAGCAAAUUUUGGCCUGAUCAUUAUUUUAAAAGAAAAAAAAAAAAAAAAACAAAACACAGAUUGCAGACUAAGCUCAGAGACCCAAAAGUGUGGUGUGCACAGAAAAUAAAGGCAAGGAACAUCCUGCAAAAAUACAGGCUUUUAAUUUGGAAGCAGUGUAUGUAUAUAGCAUAACAUUUUCUAUAGCCAUUAGUGUUUGUAAAGAUUAGCUUGUCUUAGCAACCAGUUCUAAAAACGGAAUGCAAGCUCACACUACCUUCAUCGUAUCACCUCCAGGAGGAAGUGAUUUUGUUACUGUGCAGGCACUUCCACUGUAUUCAUUAUAGCCAGCAGUAUCAAAUAAGCGUGCAAUAGUAUGGGAUGGCAUUUCCUUUUCCAUAACAUUUCCAUAGAUAGGAGAGUGUAACUAGUAAUGUAUUCUCUAAGGAGAUAAUAAAUCGCCUCUUGGUAUUUUUUUUAACAGUUAAAAGCUCCAUCAUUUUCCUAUGAUGCACAAUCACUGAAAAUCACUGGAAGUGUUGCUUCUGCACUAGUCUACAGUGUUCUAAUUUCCUUUUCCUCACGUAUCUUUCUCUGUUUCACGUGUGACCUGCAUAACAUCAUUGGUGUGGAUACUGCUUGUAUCAUGGAACUGGGAUGGCACCUGGCACCAAGAUACUGGGAGAGGAACACGGUGUGGCAUGUAACAGAGCUGAAGGUCGCUGUGCAGCUGUGGUGCCCACAUCUUUUGGUCCAACAAUUACAGGCCCCGCGGCCCUCAACCAACAUGGCCCCGGCCACUCCUCCGCCACGGCGCUCCCCCAUUGGCAGACGGGGCGGAAGUGACGCACGGUCGGGAUCCCGGCGGCGCGGCGCGGUGUGGCGGGGAUGAACAGCCGUCUGCAGGAGAUCCGCGAGCGGCAGAAGCUGCGCCGACAGCUCCUGGCCCAGCAGCUGGGAGCCGAAAGCGCGGACAGCAUCGGCGCCGUGCUGAACAGUAAGGAUGACCAGCGGGAGAUCGCCGAGACCAGAGAGACGUGUCGGGCUUCUUAUGAUACUUCUGCUCCAAAUGCAAAACGCAAAUAUCCAGAUGAGGGAGAAGCUGAUGAAGAAGAGAUUGAAGAAUAUAAGGAUGAAGUAGAGCUGCAGCAAGAUGAAGAGAACCUGCCAUACGAAGAAGAGAUUUACAAAGAUUCCAGUACCUUUCUAAAGGGUACUCAGAGCUUAAAUCCCCACAAUGAUUACUGCCAGCAUUUUGUGGAUACAGGACACAGACCCCAGAACUUCAUCAGAGAUGUCGGCUUAGCAGAUAGGUUUGAAGAAUAUCCAAAACUUAGAGAGCUCAUCAGAUUGAAGGACGAGCUGAUAUCUAAAUCUAACACUCCUCCCAUGUACUUACAAGCAGACUUGGAAGCUUUUGAUAUUAGGGAACUGAAGUCCAAAUUUGAUGUGAUUCUCUUGGAACCACCACUGGAAGAAUACUACAGAGAGACUGGCAUUACUGCCAAUGAAAAGUGCUGGACCUGGGAUGAUAUCAUGAAAUUGGAAAUUGAAGAAAUUGCUGCCCCAAGGUCAUUUGUGUUUCUAUGGUGUGGUUCAGGAGAGGGUCUGGAUCUUGGCCGAGUGUGUCUACGCAAAUGGGGUUACAGAAGAUGUGAGGACAUCUGUUGGAUUAAAACAAAUAAGAACAAUCCAGGAAAGACGAAGACACUAGACCCUAAGGCUGUUUUCCAAAGAACCAAGGAGCACUGCCUCAUGGGCAUUAAAGGAACCGUGCGUCGCAGCACAGAUGGUGACUUCAUCCAUGCUAAUGUAGACAUUGACCUGAUCAUCACAGAAGAGCCUGAAAUUGGCAACAUAGAAAAGCCUGUAGAGAUUUUCCACAUCAUUGAGCAUUUCUGCCUCGGACGACGACGUCUUCAUCUUUUCGGAAGGGACAGUACAAUUCGACCAGGCUGGCUGACUGUAGGACCCACCCUCACAAACAGCAAUUUCAACGCAGAAACAUAUUCUUCAUACUUCACUACUCCAAAUUCCCACCUGACUGGCUGCACUGAAGAGAUUGAGAGACUUCGGCCCAAGUCACCACCACCCAAGUCCAAGUCCGACCGGGGUGGUGGCGCUCCGAGGGGAGGAGGGAGAGGCGGCACUUCAGCAGGCCGAGGAGAGCGGGGCAGAGAGAGGAACAGAACUAACUUUCGGGGUGAGAGGGGGGGCUUCAGAGGGGGUCGUGGAGGUACCCACAGGGGAGGCUUCCCCACGCGCUGACGCCUGCUAGGAAAUCACUCCCCAGUCCCUUGCCUCAUCUCCAAACCUUUUUCUUAGUCUUGUUUUUGCUAAAGUGAAUUAUUCUGGAGACUCAAGCUAGGUGACUUUUUAAAUUGGUUUUGGUGCAAGCAGUUCCGAAUACUCUGCCUUUCAGUGACUGGCCUGGCACAUCACCUCACUUCGCAGGCAGGAUCCUGCACCUGAUGGCACUAAGCUCAGCCUCCCAACAGUUUCUGUUGUCAAAGCAGAGAGCGCCAUCUGUUCAAGCCAUGCAUAGGACUGAAGCGAAGAUACUUGCUGUUCGCUUACAAAACUUGCAAGCUGUGUGUUUUGUUUUUUUUUUAACUGUCACUUUCUCCAAAACGUGGAUUCCUUUUCCUUCCUUGUAGGUCCGGGUUGGGGCUGACUUGCAUUAAUAGGAUGGAAUGGGCAUAAAAUGCAGUUCUGAAUUGCAUGGUAAUAGCAGACUUAUUCUCUUAUUCAUGGAAGAAAAAGUGCUGUGUCUAUACUGACACCUGUUUUAACUUCUUUUAAACCAAGGAACAAAUUGAAUAAAUAGAAUUCCAUUUUUUUUCUUAUUUGGUUUAAAUUUCCCAAAUUAUUCCUGGGAAUAGGGAACAAGUUUUAUUUUUUCAUUUGUGAAGUAUAUGCACUUGCUCUUCAUGUCAGUUGUGGGAAGAGUGGUGAUUCUGUGCAGUCACAUGUUGUACUUCGUGAAAGCAAGAAGUUGUACAUUUAUAUCCAGUCCAGAACUUGUACAGGUCUGGAUCAUUUCUUGAGUAGGGAUUUUCACCCAGCCUCUGGCAGUUCUCUGGCCUUGUUCUUGGGAAGGGAAAACGAGUCUCACUGCAAAGCAAUUGCAGUGUUUGCAGUAGAAAGACCUCGUUAGAUGCCAUACGGGAAAUUGAGGUGAUGUGAGGUGAGUGAGUGCUUCCUGAGCAUAAGCAGCUGAACAAAGAAGGCGCAGUCAUCAGACUGAUCGCUUUGCUUUGCCUGUGGACCCCACCUGCAUUGGGAAUGGAUUGUUGGUGAUCAGCUCCGGAGAGCAGCAUGAAAAGAAAGCGCUUCACUGCGGUAUGUACACUACUUGCUUUCAGCAGAGCUGCAACUCUGAGCUUCCUGGACAGUACUUGGUAGAGUGAACGAACCUGGCUGUUGGCAUCUCAAAUUCUUGGGUAUGAAUUUGGGAAAAUUGGCUUUUAAGUCCCAGUGUUUAUCUGUUGAAGCCAAGCUUUUAAGUAACUGUCCUGUAAAGCAGUGAAUUAUUAAACUUGUUUAUCAAAGCCA